AAAAAGAUGUCUAAAAGAUAUGACUCUAUUCUCUAGAACAGGGGUCACCAACGUUUUUUCUUGCGAGAGCUACUUUUAGAAAAUGAAAAUGGCCACGAGCCACUCAUUUUUGUAGAAAUGAUUUUCAAACCUUAUUUCAACCCAAACAAAUCAAAUAGGCUUGUUUCACCAAAACAUUCACAAAAUGCUGGUAUCCACAACUCACAUUUUAUGUUUCAGAAUACAUUUCUUUCUAGUGUUCUCACAUUAUUAACUGAAAACCUGAAUGAAAAGCAGGCCUGCGGGCGCCUCAUGUGGUCGUGGGGGGCUACCUGGUGCCCGCGGGCACUGUGUUGGUGACCCCUGCUCUAGAACAUACAAGUUAUUUGUUGUAAAGUGUACAACUUUUUUCUCCUAACUAAGAGUUUUUUUCUUGACUUUUCCCGCUUGCAGUGUCGUUCAUUAAGUUUAUAAAAAAUGGAGGCCAGGUGAAGAUGUUCACAACAAAACCAGAGAAGACACAGCCAUGCUCUUGUUUGUGCGUGUGUGUAGCUCAUGCUUCUGGAUGUUAAAAAAAAAAAAAAAAAACGGGCAAAGUGGUGUAAAAAGUGAUGUUAUGUCAUGUUAUGUUGUUUUAGGGUCCUCCAUGCAUGGCUUGAUGUACUAUUUCACUACAAUAGACGCACGGUUGCUGUCAUUGUGGAAAAAAGGGCAUUAGUGUUGGCAUCUAUUAGAAAAGCGGGGAAAAGGCAGAUGCUUUCGACUUUGUAGUGUUUCCGUGUCACUGGUCUAAUUAAGGAUGCACAAACCUCUGCUCUGCGGAGUUGUGUCUGUGUGUGGACGUGCGCGCUCCCAGCUGCGCCACUUCCAUACAGUCCAUGUGCCAGCCACCCAGAGCUGAUUCUGGCACAUUACACACCUCCUUCAUCUGCACAAGGGCAACAUGGCAAAGCGUUAAAACUUUGGAUUGAUCAUAAAUCAUCUCCAAGGUUGAGCUCAACAUAAUUAAAAAAAACAACAAUGAAGGUCCAGCCAGGAUGAUGAUGUCCAUCCAUCUUGGAUUUAAUAUCACUGUCUAAUGUAAGCUGUUCAUUCAAUCAGGCGGAGCACUUAGGUUCGGUGUGUAAGCGUUAUUGAUGGCUGACCCCUGUGCAAAUCUGACUUGUUUGAACAGGUUCAGCAGCCUGAUAUGGAAAAGACAACAUAUGUCAACAUGAGGAAGUGGAAGGCAUCCUACAUACAUGCCAUCUGUGCGAGAGGCUGCUUUGUUGUAUGCAAACACACACACACACACACACACUCACACACAGGCAAGACACAUUUAAACAUUCAGCCCAUAUCAGUAAAGCUGUCACCAACUCUCUUGCAAAAGACAAACAAAGAUAAUUCCUUUAUCUUUAAACGGGGUGUUUUGUCUGACGCAUGCCGGAAACGUGCAUGCAGGUUACCAGAAGAGAAAGUCAUAAUAUACCGAGCAAAAAAGUGCUCAGGUUAUGAGUUUAAAGUCGUAACAUUCUGAAAAAAAAAUCCCAAGAAUAUUGGAAAUAAGUCGUAACAUGACCCGAAAUAAUAGUAAAUAAAUAGUAAAUAUUAAUAGUAAAUUUUUAUAUGGGGGCUAAAUCAUUAUGUUGUGAUAAUAAUGUUGCAAUGUUAUGAAAAGAAGUUAUGUUGUUUCCACAAUAAUGUUGACCUGUUACCAGGCAAAAAAAUUCAAAUGUUAUUUCAAUUUUAAGUUGAAGUGUUAUGACAACAUUAUGUCUAAUAAUAUGAUGAGGAAAAAAAGCCUCGACGUCAUGAGAAGUCAGCUGUAAUAUUACAAGAAAUUUGAAAGGUUAUGAGAAGUUCAUUUUUAUAUCAUGGGGACAAUAUAUCAUUAUGUUAUGAUAAUAAAUAAUAAUACCACGGGAAAAACGUAAUGUUGCAAGAAUGAAGUUGUACUAUUAAAGAAAAAAUAUAUCAUUUUGUUAUUUUAAUUCAAAGUUGAACUGUCACGAGAAUAAAGUCAUAAUAUUAUGACAAGAAGUAGUAAUGUUAUGAGUUAAAUUAUUAUGAGACUAUAUUAUGAGAGCAAAGCCGUAAAGUUAUGAGAAAUACGUUGUAAUAUUCCGAGAAGUUGUAAUGAGAAUAAAGUCGUAACAUUAUGAGGUACGUGAGACGUGAGAAUCAAGAUGUUGCGAGACUAAAGUUGUACUAUUACAAGAAAAAAUAUAUCUAAUUUUGUCAUUUAAAUCGAAGUUGAAAUAAUGUAAUAAUAUAAUAUUAUGGAAUAAUAUAACAUAAUGAAAUAAAGUUGAGAUGUUAUGAGAACAGAGUCAUAAUAGUAUGAGAAAAAGUAGUAAUGUUAUGGUUUUAUUAUUAUGGGACUAUAGCAUGAGGAAAAAUCCAUAAGCUUAUGAGAAAUAAGUUGUAAUAUUACGAGAACUAACUCGUUAUGAGAAAUCAGUAGUAGCAUUACGGGAAAUAGGUUGUAAUGAGAAUAAAGUCAUAAUAUUAUGAGGUAAAAACAGUUGUAACGUGAGAAUAAAGUUGAGAUGUGACAAAGUCGUAAUUUUAUGACAAAAAGUGGUAAUGUUACGACAGUAAAGUGGCUAUAGUAUAUUAAAAAAGGUUGUAUUGUUUAAUACUAUACUAUGAGAACAAAGGCUGAAAAUUUGCAAGAACUGAGACCUAACAUUACGUGAAAUAAGUCGUAAGAGAAUAAAGUCAUAACAACAUGAAAGAAAAAUUUGCAAUGUUAUCAAUAUAGUCAUAAAAUUACCACAAAAAGUGGUAAUAUUCAAAUAAAGUAGCAAUACUACAAAGAAAAAAGUCCAAGUUAUGAGAUAUAAGUAGUAAUACUUUGUGAAGUUCUAACUGAGUAGUAACGAUAAUAACAUUGUAAGAAUGACACCAUGAUAGGUCAUUUUAAAGCUUUUUUUUGUUGUUUAUAAAUGUGACUUAUAAUAUGCACAGUUUGAAUGCUUGAAAGGAAAGAAGCAACCUAAUAUAAAAAUAUACAGUAAUAUAUACUGUAUACAAUGUACAAUACAAUAGCCUGGUUGCAUAAGUGUACAAACAGUAAAACUUGUAAUGCGAAUGACGUCACAUCUUCUCAGGAUAAUAUUUGCCCACUCUUCCUUUCAAACAUCCGCCAAAUCUGUCAGAUUGUGAUCUCUUCUGCACUUUUCAAUUGGAUUUAGGCCUGGGCUCUGGCUGAACCAUUCUAAAACUAGAAUUUUGGAUUCUGCUGCAAUAGAAAAACGAGGUACGGUAAGUUCAUUAUUUAUUUUUUUUAUUAACUUUUGGGUAGUACAGGUGUUACCUUCUCUGGGAGAUGUCAUGACUUUAGGAAUGUGAACACACCUGUCAAAAGCGAGGGGCGGACUCACAGCAAGGUGUGCUGUCACUUGUUUGCAUCGGGCCACGAGCACGCACACACAAGCUGAAAGAGUGAGUGAGGCAGCGGAGAGAGAAUGGGAAGAAAAGGAGCGUGCUGACAAGCAAGGAGAGUGCUGCCAUGGUGUGGUGGAGCCCUCUGUCUCUGAUGAGGGACGCCCUCAGAGGUCAAAGGGCGCGUGACAAAGACCUCCGCCACUUGGUGUCUAAUCUUCCUUACGAGGGCCUGGAGAAGAGGCAGCAACCCAACCGCUACUUUCCGCGAAACGCCAUCAAGACCACCAAAUACACCCUGCUCUUCUUCGUCCCCAUGAACCUCUUUGAGCAGUUCCACCGCCUGGCCAACAUCUACUUCAUGGGCUUGGCUAUUCUCAACUUUGUCCCCGUGGUGAACGCCUUCCAGCCCGAGGUGGCUCUCAUCCCCAUUUGUGUCAUCCUGUCUCUCACCGCCCUCAAAGACGCCUGGGAGGACUUCAGGAGGUACCAGUCGGACAGGAAGCUCAAUAACAUGCCGUGCUUCAUCUACAGCAGGAAAGACAAGCAGUUUACGGAGCGACGUUGGAAAGAUGUGCAAGUGGGUGAUUUCUUGAAGGUGCUUUGCAAUGAAAUUGUCCCUGCAGACCUUCUGCUCCUGCACACAUCGGACACCAACGAUGUGUGUCACAUUGAGACAGCCAAUCUGGAUGGAGAGACCAACCUAAAGGAGAGGAGGGCGGUGGCCGGCCUCUGCGUCACGGAGCCUGACUUUGAACCUGAAAGUUUCAACAGCAUUGUGGUGUGUGAAAAGCCCAAUAACAAUCUGAAUCACUUCAAGUGUUAUGUGGAGAAAGCAAAUAAAGACAAGGUGGGUGCUGGAAUAGAGAGUCUGCUGCUUCGAGGCUGUACUGUCAGAAAUACAGACCAUGCUGUUGGCUUUGUGGUGUAUGCAGGCCAUGAAACCAAGUCAAUGCUGAACAACAAUGGGCCAAGAUACAAGCGCAGCAAACUAGAGCGGAAACUGAACGUGGACGUCAUCUUUUGCGUCAUUCUCCUCCUCGCCAUGUGUCUGGUCGGCGCAGUAGGUCACUACUUUUGGCGGCAGACGCUACCUGGCGUGCCCCCUUACCUGGUCCCUGACAGCAACGGUCACCUGGACGGUCCCGGUCUGUCCAGCUUCUACAUGUUCUUCAGCAUGAUCAUCCUGCUGCAGGUCCUGAUACCCAUCUCACUUUAUGUUUCCAUUGAGCUGGUGAAGAUUGGCCAGAUCUUCUUCAUUACGAAUGACAUAGAUCUUUAUGACGAAGAGACAGACGGCCGUAUACAGUGUAAAGCCUUGAACAUUACAGAGGACCUGGGUCAGAUUGAGUACAUCUUCUCAGACAAGACAGGAACGCUCACGGAGAACAAGAUGGUGUUUCGGCGUUGCUCCAUCAUGGGGACAGAGUACCCGCACAAAGAAAACGCCAUCCGUUUGGCUGUUAUUGAUGAGCCAGAUUCAGAAGAGGAGGUCAUCUUUAACCAGCAGCCGCAACCUUCACAGCCUGGAUGGUCUCUGGACGCUGAGGACAGCAACCCCGAAGGCACACAACAUCACCAUGGAAGCAGACACAAGAGCAAGUUCGCAGGAAACGCCCAGAGCAACGUGGCCUUCAGCAGUCCACUGGAAACGGAGGUGAUUCCAGACAGGAAGCUGCUCCAGCAGGUCGGCAUUGCAGAGAGAAGCAGCAGCAGCCGGAAGAUGGAUCCAUACCUGGACUUUUUUCUGGCUCUCGCCAUUUGCAACACGGUGGUGGUUUCCAUGGCAACAGCUCGGAGACAGAGGACACAAGAGUACCCAUGUUCCUUCCAGCCAACUAAUCCAUUGGAUAACUUCUCCAACUUUUUGAAGAGAGCGGGUUCAUUUCGCAACAUAUUUGCAUCUAAAGCCAAAAGGGACCGAACCUUCUCAGACACCUCUUUUAAAGAGGACGAUCGCUUUAGCCCCUCUUCAAAAGUGGACGACUCGGGAGUUUUCACAUCACAUGGUCAGAGUGAGGAGCCCAGCACGGUGUGCUAUCAGGCAGAGAGUCCAGACGAGGCAGCUUUGGUGUAUGCCGCCAAAGCGUAUGGCUUCACUCUGCUGAGCCGCACCCCCGACAGUGUGACUGUGAGGCUGCCAUCUGGCCAGAAUCUGGUCUUUGAGGUUCUCGAUACCCUCUCCUUUGACUCCAACAGGAAGAGAAUGUCUGUUCUGGUGCGACACCCUAUCACCAAAGAAUUCGUGCUGUACUCCAAAGGUGCAGACUACGCGAUCAUGGAGCUGCUUGGUGCACCAUAUGCUGAAAAUCUCAGCGGAUGUCAGAAGAAUAUCGUUGCAGAUACUCAAUAUCACCUUGACUGCUAUGGUAAAGAGGGCCUGCGUACGCUUUGCUUCACUAAGAAGGUUGUGAGCUCCAAACACUAUGAAGACUGGUGCCUGAGCAGGCAGAGAGCUAUGGCUGCCAUCGACGGCAGAGAGCAGCUCAUUACAGACACCGCUGUGCAGCUGGAGACGAACCUCACCCUGCUGGGGGCGACAGGCAUUGAGGACCGUCUGCAGGAGAGCGUUCCAGACACCAUUCUGGCACUGCGGGAAGCGGGGAUCAAGGUGUGGGUGCUGACUGGUGACAAGCCGGAGACAGCUGUCAACAUUGGCUAUGCCUGCAGGCUGCUGGAAGAUGAAGACCUGGUGAUUAACAUGAGCUGCAAAAACAAGCUCACAUGCACUUCUAUCCUGGACUGCACUCUGGAGGAGGUAAAGAGAUACGAAAACGACCCUCGUAACGUGGAUACGACCCCAGACAUCUCUCUGGUGAUCGAUGGAGGCACCCUGGCCAUAGCCCUGUCGCCGGAUCUGCAGGGCCGAUUUGUGGAGCUGGCAAAGCGUUGCCGCUCUGUGCUCUGCUGUCGAGUCACACCCUUGCAGAAGAGUGCAGUGGUGAAGAUCAUCAGGGAGAAGCUCAGGGUCAUGACGCUAGCUGUUGGUGAUGGUGCCAACGAUGUUAACAUGAUCCAAGCAGCCGAUAUUGGGAUCGGCAUAUCCGGUCAGGAAGGAAUGCAGGCAGUCAUGGCGAGUGACUUCGCAAUAUCUCACUUCAAACACCUUAAAAAGCUCCUGCUGGUUCACGGACACUGGUGCUACACUCGCCUGGCCAAUAUGAUCAUUUACUUCUUCUAUAAGAAUUUGGCCAAUGUCAGCCUUCUCUUCUGGUAUCAGUUCUACUGCGGCUUCACAGCGGCCACCAUGUUGGACUACUGGUUGCUGAUUUUCUUCAACCUCUUCUUCACCUCAGCGCCCCCCAUUAUGUUUGGAAUCAUGGACAAAGACGUUUCGGCGGAGGUGCUGCUCGGUGUGCCUGAGCUGUAUAGGACGGGCCAAGGAGCAGGGGAAUAUAGAUUGUCCACCUUCUGGAUUUCCAUGCUUGAUGCCUUCUAUCAGAGUCUCAUUUGCUUCUUCAUUCCAUACUUGGCCUACCAGGACUCGGACAUUGAUGUUUUUACCUUUGGAACUCCUUUGAACACAGUUUCCUUAUUUACCAUCCUGCUACAUCUAUCAAUAGAGAUCAAAGCCUGGACAGUGGUUCACUGGAUUAUCAUGCUGGGCAGUGUUGCAGUGUACCUCAUUGUGACACUGCUGUACACCUCCUGUGUUACAUGCAACUCGUACUGGACUCUCCAGGCACAGAUCAUAGACCCUAUUUUCUACCUUGUCUGCAUCCUCACAACUGUGGUUGCCCUGCUGCCGAGGUAUGUGUUUCACGUGAUGAGGAACUCUAUCGCCCCCACUCCGAUUGUGCAAGCCAGGCAUCUGGACCAACUGGAUCCCUCCACAAGAGAAGAGUGGAUCAAAGAGUGGAGGGGCUUCAGGGGCGGAGGGCGGGUCAAACGUUCCGAGCUGUCCACGCCACCCUUGCCCGUCCCGGACGUGGCUCCCCAGACACCAACCACCUCAGAUUUUUUAGGAGAUGAAAUCACACUGACAUCUUUACAAAUAAUGACAAAGACUACACACAUAAUACAAUAAAGAAGAUAAUUUAUUCAGAACAUAGUUUACACCUGGAAGCAGCUCAUCCCAGGGCCGAGCUCUUCCUCCUAUUGUGGAAUGUUUUCACAUCCUCAGCAAUGAGAGAAAUCCUCACUCAGUCUUGCAUGUGAAAUAUCAUCGAUGGACCAAAAAAAGCUUGUUGAACCUUUCUCCUUUGCUCAUAAGCUGUCACAGUGAACGCGUAAGCCUGUUACAUUCUUGAUGGGAUUUUAGGGCACAUAAUAACACAUGCUAACAGUGGAGAAUAGUGAAAAUGUGUGUUCUGUAAAUGACACUGCCUAUAUGAUGGAAUGAAUAGUCGUUCAGGCUGGUCCUGCAACUGCAUGUAAACGUUUUUUACAUUUCCUGUGACACUAACAACUGUUUUGCUCUCUGAGUGCGUGUGUUAAACUCUUCAGAUGCACCGGCAUAGUUACUACAAGAAAAGGUUAAUUCCUUAUCACACGAAAAGGAUUAUGGAAAUUCAAUGCUUCAGCACAAUCCCCGUGUAAAAAAAGAGGUUUGACUUAUCACUGGCAUACUUCAUUAUACAGCAGCAGUGCUAGUUAUGUAAUGUCCCGCGACCUGCUCUUUGAUCACUGCUGGCCUCUAGUGUUAGCCAGGAACAACUGCAAAAAUGUCAAAGGGACACAAAAAAAACCCGAUUAAGAAUAUAGUCGAUAAUACUGCUUGUGCCACCUGGUCAAGGAAGGCUCAAAGAAAUCUGAUGAGGAAGGCCUCUGGACAUUUGUGAAGUGUUAUGUGUAACUGUGAAUGCACUCUUAGGAUCAAUUUCUUCAUUUUAAUUUGAAUCAUACGUGACUUGAACCAGACAAAUUAAUUAUUUUUUUAAAUACAUAAUUAAUUAAUUAAUAACAAUUCAAAAACACGUUAAUUUAUUUGAAUAAAAAGCCCAAACAAGUGAAUCUAAAUACCUUUGCAUGAAUAGUCUCUUCCAGAGGCUCCAUGCUGUUGGCAUAAAUCCAAAAUCUAACUUCUCAACCAGAAAACAGGUAAGGUGAGGUGGGUUUAGGUCUUGGAACACUUCAUCAUACAGGAAAUGUGUGUAAGUGUGUCGCAGGGGUUGUCAAAGUGUGGCAAAGUGAGCCACUUAGAAAAUACUGCAUAUUACAGUUGGGGCCUCCCCUACUUCCAGAAAAAAAAAAAUAUUUUCUGGAGCAUAUUUUGUGGAAUUUUCUUCUCACCCCAGACACCAGACUGUUUACUCUUACAUUGUAGGAACUAAAAUCAGUUCAUUUUCCCUACGAACUAUCUGAAGUUAGCUUAGUAUGUUUUAAAUAUGUCUUUCGUUUGUUUUUCUCAAGCUGAUGCACCUGCUGCAGACAAUUAAAAAUGGUAACUAACAGGUGACAUCACUAGGCUUGAAAGAUAAGGGGGGCUUAGCCCCGAUGGUGUGUGUCCAACAUAGGUUUCAUCAAUGAGUCUUCUCUGGAUGACGCCCUGCCUUUUUUCUCCCACGUUUGUAGGAUUUAUUAUGUUAUUAACAAAUAAAAGAAUGAUCUAAACACAUAGACAAGUACAUAUCCUAUUUUAUUCCCCUUGUAAACAUAAAGGUAGGUAAACAUUGCAUAAAAUUGAAAAUGACUGAUUUCAUGUGUGAAAAAUUUGAUAUUGAUAAAGUCCUCGUGUUCUAAUAAAAAUAUCACUGCCUACCUUAUCUUAACUUAACCUUAUCUGAUAUGCCACUUCUGCCUGGUAUGGUAUAAUCCAAGUUAAUACUGCCAUGCUUUUAUUUUGAAGCUU